CUCGGAAUUCUCUCGGUCUCUUUUCAGAGAGGGAGGCAGAAGGAUAUGUGUCUUUGGCUGUCUUUCUCGGUCUCUGUUGCCCGUUCUUCUCGUUCGUCUCCAGAUUGAGCAAAGGCCCUCCUCUGUUCCCUUCGUUUGAAUGAACGGCAAGCUUCGUCGAGGGAUCCCAGCGGUCCGUAUUGAUCAGACGCAAAGGCCAGUGGCUGCCAGAGGAGCAUCCAAAGAAGUCCAAUUCCAAUACACAUAUUGGAAGCUGGUCUUCUCAUUCGCUUUCUUCUUCCUUUUCUUUGAACAAAAGAUCAAAGUUUUGACGACGAGAUUUGUUGUUCCACGAGUUGAACUUGGAACUCUUCCUCUUUUCUUGGAUUCCAACGGGUGUUGCAUAACCUUGGAUGGAAGUGAACUUUGAGACUUUGACGUGUGACUCGAUUUGCUACGCUACCGACAAUUGCCUCGGGCUCUAUCCAUCCAGUUGUGGUUGGACGUCCUUCAAUAAGAUCGAGUGGAUUCCCCGUUCUGUGUUGACUGUGGAACUUCGGUCCAAUUGAUUAAAGGAGGACUAAACCAAAAGACGAAGCAGAAGGACGAGGAGAAGGCCCUAUGAUGCUAUCGCCGCCGAUGAUUGAUUGCUGUUUCAUCCAAGGUUUGUAACUGCAGCUCAGAUUUGCACAGCCCUCGCAGCAGAAUUUCUCUCACACCAUGGACCACGAGGGGGGCCUUAUUGGCAAUCGUUCUGGAUUGUGGAUGAAUGAAUCUUCCAACGCGACUCAUCCCGAUCCAGGCUUCCGGGGAAGUUCCAAUGAGCCAGCCAUCUCGGACAAAUUCCUCACAUUCCUGGUGGAGGGAGUGAUCCUCACGAUCGUGUCGACGUUCGGUCUCAUUGGGAAUAUUCUCUCGAUUUUUGUGCUUAUCCGUGUGCGUCAUAUUCAGCGAUCCUUUUCCAAUCUCUUGCUGGGACUGGCUUGUUUCGACGCUUUAUUCUUGCUCACCGCCAUCCUGUCCUUUGGAUUACCCAACCUUUCCGAGUGGUACAACGAUCGAGUGUUCCUGCCGAUAAUGGCAUUGACCUUCGGAUUGCUCCAUACGUUUAGGGUGGGAUCCGUUUACGUGACUCUGUCGGUUAACUUUGAGCGUUUCCAUGCCAUCGUGUUUCCGUUUAAGCACUUCACUUGGAAGAAGUACCUCCUGCCCGCUUCGGUGCUAUUCACCGUGGCCUACAACCUCCCCAAGUACUUUGAGAUGAAGAUCCAGUACAACGCGGAGGCGCGUGAGGCCGAGAUCAUAACCACGGCCAUGCGACGCCACCCGUUGUACAUGUCCAUGUAUGUCUUUUGGAGCAAGUUUAUACUCGUCGAGUUGAUCCCGUACUUUACGAUUCUCAUCUGCAACGUGUUCAUCAUCUGCAAGAUCACGAAAUCGGCAAAAUUUCGCAAGAAGUUCCAUAUCAACGAUGAGCCGUCCGUGACUUUGCCUAAUCCGGCGGGAUCGUCGGCAUUAAGUGGUUUGACGGCUCCUCAGCCUCUGAAGUUCUUGAGCAAAGUCAGCCUCCAAGAGUCUCAUUCACAAAGCAGCAGUGGACCUCGGCGAACAUUCUUCUCGAAACAAAAGGAGGAACAUAAUUUGGGCCUCGUCUUGUUUGCCAUGUCUACCCUUUUCAUUAUCUGUCAGUCGUUCAAGAUCGUUCCGGAUCUGUAUGAGCUAAUCUGGUGCGAGCCCACCAAGGAAUGCCAGUUCAAUCCAUUUACCUCGGGUGUGAUCCGAUUCUCGCACCUCCUGGUAUGCAUUAACUCGUCUGCCAAUUUCCUGAUCUAUCUGCUUCGGGGCCAAAAGUUCCGUGAGGCGUGGAUGAAAACUUACGGUUGCUGCUGGGCAGUCACUGAUGGCGCCCACAACAACGUGGAGACGCCGAACGUCUCGAGUCAUCAACACCAUCUCAAAGCCAAGCAGGGAUCAGUCUCGCCCAAACCGAGGCAAAUGGAUUCUCACGCACAAACGGCCUUCAAUACUCCCAAGGUGUCCUCGGCCUCGGCGGCAGUUGUUCGUGUCACGUAUGAAGGCAACACCACUCGAGAAGUCUUGUCGCGUAGUUCCGUUCCAAGUGGGGACUGGAGGGACCUGAUGAAUAAGUUCCAAUCUAAUCAGGAUAAUGGCCGUUGUUGGUCUCUUUGUCAUCAUCUCCCGGAUCCUGGCGGGAAUUCGUCGUAAAAAUACCUAUAUGUUCACUCGGAUAGAUGGGGGUAACGAAUCCAUUACAUCUCUGAGGCUUGAUGUCUCCAUGUUGGAAUGUCUACACUUGGUGUUCCAUAGGACGCCUUUUCUGAUCAAAAUGUCUGAUAAGCUCUGGUCCUAUAAUAAAUCGUGAUUGAAGGUUC